AUGGAGAAAUCUGACGAGAGUGAGCAGAGCAUGUCCGCGGCAACGGCGACACUACGGCACAUGGAGUAUGUGGUCAUGACUUUGGAUCGCAUGAACGAGCAGAUGACCGACUUCCGUGGUAUCAAGGCUUCCCUAGCAAGGAUUGAAAGGAGCCUCCAGACCAUACCACCCGACUCGGGGGGUCGCUUGCGCAGACCUUCGAAUGACUCCCGGAUGUCCAUGACGUCUGCAGCCAGAGUGGAGGGCGAAGCGAUGCAGAGCCCGAAGCCGGACUCGGAUUCUUCCAUAUAUGGGCUUGAAGCGGUUAGGGCCGAGGAGCUAUGCGGCAGACGAAGGGGCAGCAAGAGGUCCACUCCAAGCCCCAAGGAAAAAGGUCCGAGAAAGCCUGCGGAUGUGAUCGGCCCACGGCAAGCCAGCUCGCCUGACUCUCGACCUCCUGAAUCGAAGAAGAGUGGGCGGAAGCUGUCCAGAUCUCUUUCCGCAUCAGCCGUUCUUCCGGACCAUGCGGUUGACAAAAUCGUUCCAGAACCUCCUAAGAGCGUGAUGCCAAGAGCUCCUACAUCGCCGCCGGCGAUGUGUCGGAGGAAGUCGCUGGACGACCUUCGGCAGUUUCACGAUGCGGUGAUAGCAACCCCCAGCUGGGUAGCCCCAGUCUCACGCCGGAAUUCCACGGAGACAGCAACAGCCCUACCUCCUCUUGGAUGGUUCCUGCUCUCGUUGGUCGGCAUACUCGACUUCUUCGACGGCAAGAAAUGGCGACACCUGGCACGCUGCAUCCUCGGGAUGCAGAUUGUGGGUCUCAUCGGUCUGGUAGCGGCCAUGAGUACAUGGACUGGUGAUUUCGAGGACCUCGAGCCUCUGAUCACAACGGUGCUUUACUUCUUUGGCGUUGUUGUGGGGGUGCUCAGCUUGCGGCGGAAUAAGAUCACAUGCCUUCUGGGUCCGUCCGAGUACCUGAUGGAUGACUAUGCACUCGAGUCGGACUUUCUGGCUGACUGGAGAAAGGUUUCCAAGGCACGGCUUUCUCAGAUCAGCGGCUUUUUCGUCCUCAUGGUGAGCUCGCGGGUGGGGGCUUUGUUUCUGACAGAAAAGGAAAUCUUCGGGAGGUACAAGGAUAUCUUUGGCUUCGAUGUUCUCACCGUGAUCGCUUUUACUUCAAUGGCGAGGUGCUACUGCACGGCUUGCUACUGCGUGCUGCAUGUCACUGCUGGUUUGGAGCUGGCAGUGGACAGCUUUGCGUUGCGCUUCUUCAGCACGGGCGACAUGGAGGCUGCAGUGAUGAAUUGGAACAUUGUGCAAGCCACAUUGCGACAGACUUCGUGCAAACUCAGCGACUUCCUGGUACUCCUAGCUUCGUCCUGCAUGGGGUCAUUAAUCAUUUUUGCAUAUCAGGUCGCUUCCCUGGCUCUAUCUGGCGAAAGAGUGUCCAUGGAGAACAUCAUCCAGUGGCUAGGGUGGCUGUACUCUCCCCUGAUCCUGUUUCUCUAUGUCCUGUCGACUGCAGCAGCCGUCACGGAGAAGGUCGAUCGCUUAGCACCUCUUGUGAACUCCUGGUCCUUCGAUGGUCGGGAGACCCUGGACGAAUCGCGACAGUAUGUGGUUUCAUACAUCUUGCAUAGCCGCGCAGGUUUCUAUGCUCGAGGUAUCCGCAUUACAUCCGCGAACGUGCAGAAGCUUGUCUACUACUUCACAGCAGGGUCCUUCGGCCUCCUCACGAGACUAUUGCAAAGCUAG